AUGGAGGCACAGGCCUGUGGGCGGAUUGGGCUUCGGGUGCUGGGCCUGGGAAGAGGCAGCUGGCUGAAGGUGCUCGGUUGGGGAUUGCUGCAUGUGAGGUGGCAGGCGGGUGGCACUUUGGCUAAAGCAAAUGGGAGCAGCUGGAGGUUGAUUGGGAGUGUGGUGUUGGUGCUUCUGGUGGAUGACGCUUUAGUAGGAACUUUCGUUUCAUUUACUGCAGUGGAUGACGCUUACACAGAAACUGUCGUCUCAUGUACCACAAGAGACAACAGAGAAAAUAUUAUAUAUUUGUCACUAAAAAUUGAUGCUAGAGAAGAAAUUUCAGAAGAAGAGGAAGAAUUAAUGGAAGAGAUGAAAGAAGAAAAAGGAGAAUCAAAGGAUGACCAUGGUCAUGAUGGGACAAGGAUCAAAGUCGUUGAUGGUGAUUUUCAUCAAGAUCGACCGAUUAUAGUGCAAGUGCAGAGUAAAGAAGAUGAUGAAGUAGUCGAAUCAGUGCAAGAAAAUAUCAAGCCAGAAGAGUCAUCCAUCCUACAAAUGGAGAUGAACUGCAUGAAAGAAGAAAACCGUGUAUUGAGGAAAGUCGUAGAAAAAACAGUGAAAGAUUAUCAUGAUCUGCAAAUUAAAUUUGCCUCUGUACUCCAGCAAAGUAACCAUGAAAAGGAUACACUAAUACCUUUUCUUGCCCUACAACCAAAUAGUAGUCCUUCAGCUUUGAACAUCUUAUUAGAUGGUGGUAAUUAUAUGAAGCCGUCGACCCAUGAGAGCACUCAUGCCGGAGAGAACCAUGAAUUAGGGUUGUUAUUGAGGCUGCAAACAGGCAGUAGUAGUAGUGAUCCUGAACAACAACAUAAGAAUAACAAAGAAGAAGAGAUGGGUAAUAAGCAGGAGGACUUGAAAAGUUUUGAUAACAAGUUGAAGAGAACAAAUGAUCAUCAUCAAUUGGGUGGAAUAGCCAGCUACGCCAUCAGUGGUAACUCACCUAACAAAAAGCCUAGGGUUUCAGUCCGAGCAAGAUGUCAAGCAGCCACAAUGAACGAUGGUUGCCAGUGGAGAAAAUAUGGCCAAAAAAUAGCCAAAGGAAAUCCUUGUCCGAGAGCAUACUAUCGAUGUACUGUAGCUCCAGGAUGUCCAGUAAGGAAACAGGUUCAAAGGUGUUUAGAGGACAUGUCAAUACUCAUAACAACAUAUGAAGGAACACACAACCAUCCACUCCCAGUGGGUGCAACAGCCAUGGCUUCAACCACAUCAUCUUCCUAUAUGUUAGUAGAUUCAAAUAACCCUUACUCUAGUCACCAUGCAAGUACCUCCAACUACUCUCAUAUACUGAUAAACCCUAUGUCCCAAUACAACUCAAACAUUAGGACUCUUAACCCUAAUAAUGACCCUUCCAAAGGGAUUGUUCUUGACCUCACAAAUAAUAAUACCCCACAAUUCCCUCUGCCUACACCCUUAUCACAUUCCCUAUCUUCUGAUCGUCAUCACCAGCCAGCCAACAAUUUCUCUUGGAAUAUUCCAAGCGAAUUCCCAACAUAUACUCAAAACCAUAUUAAAGUUAGUAGCGCCACCAGAGGCGGAUUGAACGACGGUUUUCAGGUAGGUGAGACAGUGAAGUCAAGGACUGAGAAUAUGACGACGGCCAUAGUUUCGGAUCCUAAAUUUAGGGUUGCUGUUGCGGCUGCUAUUACGUCUUUAAUUGAUAAAGAAAGCCAUAUAACGACGAAACCCAUUGGAUCAUCAAGUACCAGCUUUGAGCAUCCCAAAGAUGGAGAUAGUACUAGCGAUAAUUGGGUGCUUGAAACUCUAUCUACAAACGCCAAGGCCAUUGGUCAAACACCUUGA